AUGAAGAACGUACCAGAAUACGAAGCACGCACUCUCAUCUUCGACCCUGACGAUGUCAACAACACCAACAUCGUUGACGCCAAGGAUGGGCAACUGGUCUAUUCCAUCCGCACGAAACGCGAACGACCCCAAGACGAGCCUUUCACCAGAUACAUCGAUGCUAGUGGCCGGGUUGUUGGAACUUGUCAAUGGGAGCUUGUCAAAUCCGAUAAAAUCACGAUCGGAGACAGUGGCCCAAUGUCCUACAACUCGUUCAUGCAUAGAGGCCUCAUUCCAUUUGUCGAUCGAGCAUAUUUCAAAGACAAACUGAAACGAAAGUACAAAUGGGCAGGUCACGGUGCAGGUCUUGAAUUCCAUCUAUACAGAGAAGACGACAAAGUCAACCCCGUCGCCCUAUGGAAGAAAAUCGCGCGCGAUUCCGAAGACGGGACACCCCGAGCCUCUCUGACGCUCGACAAUCGGGGGAUGGAAAUCCAAGACCUCGUCCUCAUCUCCUUCUGCUUGAUGGAGAAGGAACGGAGACCCGCUGCUGCAUCCCAUUGGAGUGUGGCGGAACAGUACGACACAUUGUCUCCUGGCCCCAUUACAGGAUACCACCCGGGGGAGACGGCGUAUCGCAAGAUAACGCCCGCACCCCCUCAAUAA